AUGGUUCUCGCCCAUUCAUUGCGGGAUAAUGGCACAAAGGCGAAGCUCGUUGCUCUCUACACACCUGACACAUUACAGUAUGUUACUGUCAAGGAGCUCCAGACGGCAUACGACGAGAUCAUACCCGUACAAACAGCAACAAAUCACACUCCGGCAAACCUAUGGCUGAUGGAUCGCCCGGAUCUGAUCUCAACAUUCACCAAGAUCGAACUCUGGCGACAGACGCAAUUCAGACGCAUAGUAUACAUUGACUGUGAUGUCGUGGCUGUGAGAGCUCCGGAUGAACUCUUAACAUUGGAGGCGGAUUUCGCGGCCGCGCCUGAUGUCGGAUGGCCGGAUAUUUUCAAUAGCGGUGUUAUGGUCCUGCGACCCAACUUGCAGGAUUACUAUGCGCUCAAGACGCUCGCGGAGAGGGGCAUUAGCUUUGACGGGGCCGACCAAGGGCUGCUGAACAUGCAUUUUCGCAAUUGGCAUAGGUUGAGCUUCACGUAUAACUGCACUCCCAGCGCCAACUACCAGUACAUCCCUGCCUAUAAGCAUUUCCAGAGCACCAUUAGCCUGAUCCACUUCAUUGGGGCUCAGAAGCCCUGGAACAUGCCUAGACAAGUCUUGCCUGUGGAAUCACCAUAUAAUCAGUUGCUGGGGAGGUGGUGGGCUAUUUACGAUAGGCACUAUCGCCCUGUUGUAACGGUGCCCGUCCACUACCUGCCCAGUAGGCCUGCCAUGGUAGAGAGUGACAUACCUACCUACCCACAAAAGACUGUACCGCAACCGUCUCACUUACAGAUUUCACAUCCUCCUGGAGAUCAACCUAUGGCUAGUUCCUUUGAGCAAGUCUUAGAAAUACAGCAUGAUCAACAAGUGGCUAGCUCUUCUGGGCAAGCAUUAGGAACGCCACCACUACAACCACAUUCAGUACGUAGUCAUAGCCACACCCAGGUCGAACAGGCUCCUCGCGAGGAAGGCUUCCAUGACCAGGGCAGUUCUUCUCAUGGGCCGGAGGUGUCGCACGUGGAACAUGCGCAACCAGUACCAGAGGAACAUCAUCCGAUUCAGAGUGAAGCAGCACCGAUCAGAAGUGCUGUUCCACAGUAUGUUCGUGGAGAAGAACACGUAUCCGCCUAUGUGCAGCCGCAUUCCAGCCAACCAGCGUUCACAAUACAGACCGAACAGCCUACUCACCAGGCUAGCGCUCUACCGCCUCCGUCGCAACCCUCGGCUGCGAAUGAGGUCCAUCACGAGCAUCAACAGCCAGAGCCCGUCGUCGAGACACAACAGCCACCUCAGGUACUGUCCGCACCGCCAGUCGAGGUCGAAACUUUUGAAGCGCCCAAGGCGGAAUGGGAUGCAGCUCGGGAACCGCCUCCUGUGAACAGCAAGCCGGAAGGUUUUGCAUUGGCCGAAAGGACUUAUACCAUGUCUGAAGAUCAACGGCUCUUUCAACCGCCGGCAUCUUAUCCAGAGGCUCCGAAGAACAUGUGGUACCAGGUCCCUGAGACAAAGCCGGAGCCAGAAAAACUUACGCAAAUAUUCCCUUGGGAAAGUCGUGCGCCCAAGCCCACGCGUGUUUUUCUGGAGGACCAGCCGAGUACAGUCUCUACGCCCAGCGUAGAGUCACCCUCGACAUCCACCAGAGAAGAAUACAAACCAUCCAUAUGGUCAAGGACCUCAUGGACAGCCGAAGAGCCAUCUACCGCUACAUGGGAGACCUAUUCCCAUUCAAAUGCAUGGGAUGAAGUACCGGAGAUACAGAAGUACAUAUCAUCCAUUCAACAUGGCAGAAAAGCCAAAGUGCAAGUGAUCUCUGGGGGACCCAGCCCGGGAACCGAGCCCUCCAGCUGGCGAACAACCGAGUAUGGGCCCAUGGGCAUGCGAGUCACGGAUUUCCCCACGGAGGUAGAACGCCCCAGCCUUCCCGUGACGCCAGCGCCCAUCAGACGAUCCUUCGGGCAAGCCGCGGGGGACGAGACUACCGAUGAACAAUUACCGAUCGCGGAAGGCGUACCAAAACAGGAGGACUGGGUGGGUCUCACGGUUGAUGUGUUUUUGCACCUCCUUCAAGCGACGUACUUAUACUGGAAGUUUACAGAAUCCGUUGGCACGCCUCGAAGAGCUUUGCCGGCGCCAGUCCGAAGUUUUGGAGAACGCCGAUUUAUUAGUUAG